UAUAUAUAUACUUUAUAUAUACUAUAUAUAUAUAUAUGAGACAAGACAUGGCGACCGGUAAAUAUUUUAUUAAUGAAAAUGAAUUAGAAUGCUGUAUAUGUCUGGAGAUAUGGGUUAGAAAAGAUCCAAGAGUUCUUCCUUGUCAACAUACAUUCUGUUAUGGAUGUUUGGUUAAAACAGUAAAAAGAAAUAGGUUAACAUGUCCUCUUUGUCGUGUUAGGACAGUUUUACCGGAUAAGGGAGUAAAAGGUUUACCAAAUAACCUCUUGAAACAUUCUCUAAAGUCUACCAAUCACAACGAAAUAGCUGAGAGAUGUUUAAAACAUGGAAAGGAUAUAAUCUAUCCAAAAUUAGUUUGUUCAACCUGCAAAAUUAAAAAUCUAUGCGAAAUAUGUAUUGAGGACGAUCAUUCAAAUGCGGAUUGCGUUGUUAAGUCAUUUAAACGUUUGUCAACAAAUCUUAAGGACUUUUGGCUUAGCAGUAAACGGAGAGUAGAUCAAUUAUGUUUGGAUGUAAAAAAUGAAAUUGAAAAUCUAAUGGAAACUGUCAAAGAGAUUGAAGAAUCCUGGCACAUGAUGGUAGAUAAGAAGAUUAAAGAGUUGAAACAAAAGGUGAAAGAUUAUGAGGAAAAGAAAUUACAUAAUUUAAAAUUAACUCUUUCAAAAAUAGGAAAUAUCUUUAUCAAUGAAGAUGAAAUAAGAGAAGAAAUUGAUAAUUUAUCAAAAACUAAGCUAAUGGCGAAAAAUUCACCAAAACUCUUUACGAAUUUGGAUUUAGUUGAAAAAAAGAUUGAGGAAUUUAAAAUAUUCACCAAAUACUUACAAAUUGGCUCAUUUGAAAAUAUUUCAAAAUCAUUUUCCUAUACAAAUGAAGGAUUAUACGAAUUAUCCGAAAAGGAUAAUAGUACUUUAAUCACUCUUAGAAAAGAUGAUACUAUAAAUUCUCAAGAGUUUUCAUUAGAUAAGCAUAUUUCGAGUUUUAAUAUUACUAAGAGCAAUAUUUAUGGUUUAGACAAGGAGACUGGCGAUUUGUUUUUAUCAAGGAAACCCUUCAAGAAAGAUAUUAUCUUGAAUAAAUUCAAUGAUAACUUUAAAGUAUCUCUAUUCACAGCCUAUGAUGAUGAUAAAGAUAAUGAAUAUAUAUUUUGUCUUGAUAAUUUAUCCAAUUAUCCAUCAACUCUCUAUUUCUACAGGAAUAAUUCUCUUAAAUGGAAGAGAAAUAUCAGAAAGCGUUUCUAUAAUUUAUGUAUACUUUCUAAUGGAUGUUCGUUAGGAGUCACCGGAUGUGAAAUUUAUAAAUUUGAUAAGAACAACGGAAAUAUUAUUGAACGUCAAUGGUUAAACGUUUCCCCUUGUAUUUCACUAUCCUCCCUUCCUUUUCAAGGAUUCUUACUAGCUGACCUACAGGAUAGAAAUAUCAAACAAUACGAUAAUAAUUUAAAUAUAAUUAGCAUAUUUAACGUUGGAAUUCAUCCUAUUUAUUUGAAAAUUACGAGCCAUGGAUUAUUGUUUGUUCAAGAUUUAGAUAAUCCAAAGUUGUCCUAUACAUAUAAAAUUUAUUAA